AUGAUUGAUGGUUUUCUGUAUGUUCCCAUGGUUUUAGGAGCUUUGCAGUUACUGGAGAGUAUUGAAGCUGGUGGGCUGACAUUAAAAAGUUCUGAAACAGAAGUAGCGACUGAUUCAGACCCAGAGAAUGUGGCGACUGGUGAAGUUGCGAAUGAUGCAGCAGUUGCAACUGGGACGGAUACUGAAAGGGUAUACCAAGGAAAUGAAUCAAAUGCUGACCAGGCUUUGUCAAAGAAACCCCCUGAAUAUAUCUGCAAGGUAUGUGACAGGGUUUAUAAGUCAAAGACUGGACUGAGGAAACACUCCAGGAGUCAUACUGGGCAAUAUCCUUACAAGUGUCAUUGUGGCAAAAGUUUUUCCGAGAGAAGGAAACUUAUUGAACAUGGCUGUAGCCACACAAACAAGGGUAUAAAGACAUGCAACAUUUGUGGUUUUCAACCAAAGACAUUUUUGGGCAUGAAAUGGCAUGAAUCCUCACACAUGCAUGAAGUUCAUGUAUGUGAUCAGUGCUCAAAGCAUUUCAACUCAAAGUUGUCCCUUAAGCAACACAAAAAGGGCUGUCAUGAGGCCAACUACACAUGCACUUGUGGAAAGAUGUUUGGAUUUAAAUAUGUAUACACCGCUCACUUAAAGACCCAUUCAGAUGAGAAACAAUUUCAGUGUACACUGUGUAACUAUAAAACUUCACGCAAAGGUGACUUAAAGAGUCAUCAGCUUUUCAAACAUAGUGAUUCAGCACCUUUUUUGUGUUCUGUGUGCGGUAAAGGUUUUAAAAGAAGAAAUUUAUUAGAAAAACAUGAAUCUCGAAAAUAUCCUUGUUGUAAUCCAGCUGACACUGCACAUGUAUGGGAUGACAACUAA